CAUCCGAUCCCACGAUCGUCGUCGCCCCUAAAUCAACACAACACAUUAUUUCAGACGAAUAAAUUAGUAUCAUUAAGUAGUAGUAGUAUGAUGUAGCGAUGACAUAGAAGGCUUUACUUCGGAUAGUUCUCAAACUACUGCAGCAGGGCUCAUUGAUCUCAUACUGCCUACUGGAGUGCCCAGGCACCGUAAUACCCAGCUAACUACAUUAGACCUAUGAUUUUCUAAAUCAACGUAACCUUACCGAAGUGACUGCAACUAAGUUCUCUGCAGAAAGAAAUCAGUAUGGAACGUUGGGCUGGUCGUGUUGCUCUGGUGACAGGAGCAAGCUCGGGUAUUGGGGCAGCUGUCUGCAAGAGGCUUGUUGAGGCGGACAUGAAAGUUGUUGCAGCUGCACGAAAUGAGGAGAAGCUUUUGGCUCUUCAAAGUAAAUUGGCUGACAGCUCAGGGGAAUUGAUCACAAUGAAAUGUGAUAUCACCGAUGAUGAUGAAGUUCUCAAUGUAUUUUCCAUCAUUAAGAAGGAAUUUGGAGGUGUUGAUGUGUGCAUCAACAAUGCUGGCAUGUCUCACAACCGUUCUCUUUUGGAAGGAUCACCAGAGGACUGGCGUGAGAUGCUGAAUAUCAAUGUUGUGGGCCUCUCUUUGUGCACACGUGAGGCUGUGUCAUCCAUGCGUGAACGUAAUGUCAACGAUGGCCAAAUCAUUCAUAUCAACAGUAUGUCGGGUCAUCGUGUCAUAUCCAAUUCUGCAGUCCACUUCUACUCUGCCACCAAGUUUGCUGUGAGAGCCCUUCUUGAAGGGAUGAGGCUGGAACUCCGAGAUUUAAAGUCACACAUUCGAAUUGCGGCUGUUAGCCCUGGUCUUGUGGAGACCGAAAAAUCCUUGAGACUGUAUGAGGACGAGGUAAAGAAAAUGAACAUGAAGUCCCUGAAUGCAGAUGAUGUUGCUGCUUCGGUGAUUCAUGUCUUGUCUGCUCCACCACAUGUCCAAAUUCAUGACAUCCUCAUUCGGCCAACUGACCAGGUGUUAUAAGUUGCAUGUGACACAGACUGUGACCAUAGUACUUACGGUACUGUUUUUUCCACAAACUCUCAAGAUGACUUUUGGAAUAUUCAUAACCUAUGAAAACAUGAAACUGUUGGGCGGAACAUUAAAAACUUUUGUCAUAUACUGUACCGGGUAAUUCAGGAUUGUGUAAAAAAGAAAAACAUAUUUGUACUUUUAAUGACAAUACAGUAAUAAAGGAAUUCAAAAUUUUGUUCCUAUGUUUUCUGCUUGGAUAUAUGGUUGAAAGUCAGAUUGUUUAAUUAUGAGGUAUGAUUUGUGAUAUACAGUAACUAGCAUUGAAUUUAUAAACACUAAUAUGAUUAGUCUUUUUCUUUUCUGCUAAUCUCUUUUUUUUUUUUAUAAUCGUUAACAAUUUCUUAACUUGUCGUGAAAACACUAUUUUUUGUUUUUUGCUUUGAUAGACAGUUGAAUGUCAGAUUUUUUGCUUGUAAGGUAUGAUUUGUGAUAGAAAUACCAUUGAAUUUAUAAUUGGUGUAUUGCAUGCCUAUUUAUUGAGAUCAUAGCUAGCAGCAAGACACAUGCCACAUACAUAGUACAUUAAUAAAGUGUUUAUUUAGGGUGCUUGAAACCUUAUCCCUUAACAUUGGAGAAGGAUGUUUAAAAGGAAUUCUAUAAUUUACUUACCAAAACAUGACUUUAAAAAUUUCUACCUCUACACCUAUUAUGAGCUUGGUUCAAGUACAGUACAGCUAUUUCUGCUCAGUGACAGUACAAAUUAACAAUGCCUAAAUAUUCAUUCUGUUAUACACUUGCUUGAACUUUAAAAUGAUUUAAUCACUUUAAUCACUUUGCAUUUACAAAGCAGGUAGAUCAUUCAUCAGGUAUAAACUUACAAGCUAUAUGUGAUGAACUCAAAUGACUUUAAGAGACAUCCUCUUCGAGAUUGCUCAGUGGAAAGAUAGUAAAAACAUAUCAUGUACGGUUUACAGUGUAACCCUGAUAGACUGGAUUAACUGAUGACUGGAAAUAUUCCCGAUAUUGUUGUUCUAUUCUGUCAAGGAUUUUUCAGUUUCUUUGCCAUUUAUCACAAAUUAUUUGGGUGUUUUCUUAGCACAAAGGAUAGAAUAUAUCUUAAUCUAUUUAUUUUACACAGCUAAACAAUUAAUUGAAAUUUAAAAAUAAAAAUAUAAUAAACACUA